UUCAGUUCAGUUCAGCUCUUAAUUUUCCUCUCUCAUAAAAUAUUCAUUUCAGCUCAAUUCAGUUCAUUUCGGUUCAGUUCAUUUCGGUUCCAAUCACUUCAAAUCAGUUCAGUUCAGCUUAGUUCAGUAAAUGUGAACAGGCCCUAAGUCCAAAAUUCCGUCGCACACGCUUAACUCCGUUUUUGAGUUUCUCCAUUCGACACUUCUCAAAAACACAAAAACCUCCCGUCAAAAAAAAAAAAAAACAAACAAAAACCAACCCACCAACUCGCUGCUCUCCUUACUCGUCGGAAAAAGUGCCGGCGACCAUCCAUCCACUGCCAGAGGUUUGGUUAAUUAGGUCAUUGGUGACAGGAAAACCUUGAAAAAGUUGUGAUGGGGUACGCACAGUUAGUCAUUGGUCCUGCAGGAAGUGGAAAGUCAACUUACUGCUCUAGCUUGUAUCGACACUGUGAAACCAUGUGUCGGACAAUAAAUAUCAUAAACCUUGAUCCUGCUGCUGAAAAUUUUGACUAUCCUGUUGCUGUGGAUAUCAGGGAACUUAUUAAUUUGGAGGAUGUUAUGGAAGAAUUAGGGUUGGGUCCUAAUGGGGGUUUGAUUUACUGUAUGGAGGAACUUGAAGAUAAUCUUGAUGACUGGCUUACUGAAAAGCUAGAUGAUUUCUUGGAUGAUGAUUAUUUGGUAUUUGAUUGCCCUGGGCAAAUUGAACUCUUCUCUCAUGUUCCAGUUCUUAAAAACUUUGUGGAGCACUUGCAGCGUAAGAGCUUCAAUGUUUGUGUAGUUUAUUUGCUAGACUCACAGUUUAUGACAGAUGUUACCAAAUUUAUCGGUGGCUGCUUGUCAUCUCUGUCUGCAAUGAUCCAGCUUGAAUUGCCCCACGUUAAUAUCAUGUCAAAAAUGGACCUCGUGAAGAACAAGAAAGACCUUGACGAUUUCUUGAGCCCCGAGCCACAGAUGUUACUGUCACAAUUAAAUCGUCGCAUGGCGCCACAGUUUGAGAAGUUGAACAAAGCCUUAAUUGAUCUGGUGGAUGAAUACAGCAUGGUGAGUUUCAUCCCUCUUGACUUGAGGAAAGAGAACAGCAUUCAAUAUGUUUUGUCGCAGAUUGACAUGAGCAUCCAGUAUGGAGAAGAUGCAGAUGUGAAGGUUAAAGAUUUCGAUAUUGAUGCAGAUGAUGAUGAAUAGCUGCAGCUCUCUCUGACCAUCCGAUUAGCACAACAAAAUUAGCGUAGUUUCAAAACCUUGCCUAUUGUAAACCACCUUCCUCAUCCUUUCUAUUUUUUGUUUUUAUGGAUCUCUUGGUGAGUGCCUGAGUGGCGAGUAACAUAAAAGUCAUGUUUAUUGGAACUAUUGAGACUUUGAACUUUUGAAGUACAAAUUGUUUGUUAAUGCUAAUUUAGUUGCAAAACAUAAUACAAUACUUUUAUAUA